AUGUCUCAAAAAAGUGGAGAUGGGCUCCCAUUACUAGCCUGUGUUGGAGAGGUUGUACAGCCUAGACGCCAAACGAACAUCGGUGACAACAAGAAAAGCAGCCCCGGCUCAACGAAAAAGACUGGGUCAAGAAAUAGAACAAGACACAACUCCUCAAAGAGGAAUCUUAGAACUGUUGUAAAGAACGGUAACAUCAGAACAGGGGUUGAUGACGAUAAUUGUUCAAAUGAUAUCAAUUCCAUCUUGAAAGCGUCUAAGAAGGGGCAAAAUAUAAGCCAUUUGCUUUCUUAUUCCUACAUAAAUGAUGAAUCAGAUUAUUUUUACAAUGAUUACAAACCAAGAGAAAAACAUCAGAAGCCGUUUAGAAGAAAUAACAAACCUUUCAGAACUGAAAUCCACUUGUCUGGACUAAGUUAUAUCAAUGCCAACUACAAAUUUAUAUUGAAACACGACGGUGAUUACAGGGCUCAGAUGUUAGAUCCAAAUUUGCCUCUUGACACCAAUAGUAUCGCACGUGUCAUGGUUAAACAACACGAUUAUCAUUGUCCAAUCUGUUUAGGUGAUGAGUUUGUGGCUCCAAGAAUGACGAAUUGUGGCCAUAUUUUUUGUUAUCCAUGUUUGCUUGAUAUGUUUGAGAAUGCCAGGAACGAUAAAUCCAAGACUUCAUUGGGAAAUAUGCACAAUCCAUUUAUUUCUUGUCCACUCUGCUCCGAGACCAUUAGAGAGAGAAAUCCACUUUUGCCAGUGCUAAUUGAACAUGUCCACACUGGAUCUUCCAAAGUAAGCGAGAAAACCUAUGUUACCCUUCCACUCAUGCACAGGGAGAAGUCCAAGAUCUAUUCACAACAAGUAUCUAAUUUCUACCAGUCGAAAGCAUUCAGGGGAAGUAUUCCAUGGAUAAGCUCAAACUGUACUCCACUGAACUUCAAACAGUAUUCCCCGUAUAUCAAUCAUUCUAGGUUGAUUUUAUCCGAUACGAAUUUUGUUUUAGCCUGUUUCAAUAAGGAAAUCGAUGAUCUUAUGACUCAAAAGUUAAUUGACUGCGAGAUGUACGGAAGCUCCAGUGAGCCUUUUGAUAAGGCUAUAGUAAAAAUCAAGGAACUCGUUUCGAUUCUAGAAAAUGAAAGAACUUCAAGUACAAAAAUUACAAGAGGCCCCCCACAAGCUGAAAAUGCUUCUCUUGAAAAUAUUAUGGCAGGGAUGUCCCUAUCUGAGGAAGUCACUCUUCCUCCUUAUAACGAAGGUUAUUAUUAUUAUGAGUGUGAUGUCAAUUCCAGAAUUCAUUACUUUUUAUCACCUCUUGAUACGUUAGUAAUCAAACAUUUAUUUGGAAUGCCCCUUUCAAAGGAGAUUGAUGAAUCAUUAUCGAAUCCGGCAUAUAAUUUACCAUUGGCUUUGAAUCUUUAUAUAGAGAACAUCAACUCUGAGGAAGGUAGAGUUACUCCUGAACUGGUUUCCAAGAACCCUUACCUGGGUAAUAUACCAUAUGGGGCGGAAAUUGAAUUUUUGGAGAUUGACUGGACCAAAUUUGACAAUUCUUUUAUCCCUUUAAAUGAGAAUGACACGGCGCAAAUUUUUACCGAUUCUAAGUAUCCUAUUCAAAUACCACCGAGUUUAGUUAAAAAAUUACAGGCUAGGACAAGAAAUAUUAGGAACAAAAGAACAUCAGAAGAAAAGGCACGUAUCCGUGGUGAAAGAAGAAGAGAAAGGGAAACACUAGAGGUGUUCAAUAGAGAUGAUAAUAGGAAUGCGUUAGCAGAGGAAGAAGAUGAAAUUAUAGAUAUGCUGAGUGAAAAUAGGUGGGAAAGAAACGAGUUUGUCCAUAUUGAUCCGGUUAGUAAUACACCAAUGUUGAAGGGUGUUGUGAAUCCACUUCGUCCGUUUGAUGCUGCACAUGCUAAGAAAAACGUAACUGAUAACAAUGAAACUGGUACUGGUGGCAGUGUUGGUUCGGAUGUUCCAUUAAUGACUACGCAAACUUCUGUAUGGGGGACACGUGUUCCCGUUGUUCUUGAUCCAGAAGAAGAAGCUCUACAGGCCGAAGAGACACGGGAAGUUGAAGAAAUGAUUCGAAAGGCAAAAGCGCAAGCACUGAGUAACGGCAAGAAGGGGAAAAAAGGAAGAAAGGUAAAGAUGGUCCCGUUACCUAUGUGA